CACACUUGCUUCUAGCCCAGCCAAAUCCACGCUGAUCAACCAAGCCGCCCAUCAUGUCCGCCCCCGAGCAGAACGAGGCUGAAACACCCCUCGCCCAAUUCACGGCCCGCCUGGCCGACAUCAAAAAGUCAUCAGGCCAUACCGAGAUGUGGGGGGUCGAGCUCUCGGACGACGCCUCCCACGCCCCGACUCAGGUCAUCCUCCAGAAGUUCCUGCGAGCCAACAAUGGCGACCUGGCGGGCGCCGAGAAGCAGCUGACCGACGCCCUCACCUGGAGAAAAGAGGUGAACCCGGCGUCUCUGGUGACCCAGACUUUCGACAAGAACAAGUUCCACAACCUCGGAUUCGUGUCCAACUUUACGGAUGACACUGGCAAAAAGGUCAUCAUUACCUGGCACGUCUACGGCGCCAUCAAGGACAACAACUCUACCUUUGGCGACGUCGAUGAGUUCAUCAGAUGGCGUGCAGCCCUCAUGGAGUUGGGCGUGCAGCAGCUCAACCUCAACGAUAUCAAGGAGCCCCUCCCAGAGGAUGGCACCGACCCGUAUCAGUUGAUCCAGGUGCACGACUACAAGUCAGUCAGCUUCUUCCGCAUGGACCCCGUCGUCAAGGCUGCCACCCAAAAGACCAUUGCCGUCUUUGCCACGGGCUACCCAGAGCUGCUCUACCACAAGUACUUUGUCAACGUUCCCGCCAUCAUGGGCUGGAUGUUUGCCGCCAUGAAGUUUGUCCUUUCGGCUGCCACUUUGAAGAAGAUGCACCCCAUGGCCUCUGGCACUUCACUGGUCAAUGAGCUCCCAGCCCUCGCCACUUCUCUGGCUCCAGAGUACGGAGGCAGCGGCCGUCCUGUGCAGGAAUCAUUGACACUGACGACGGCUGAUGUGCCCGAGGAGGCCAAGGAGGGAGAUGCUCCUGCUGAGGCGGAGAGCAAGCCCGAGGAAGACAAGCAGGAGGCUUAGGCGAAAGAGGCUGAGACUUGGGCUGGGGCCUCGCACCAGGAUGUAGGGGCCAACAGAGAUUGCCUAAUAUUGCUUUAGGAAAGCAGUCCAGGGCUUUCCCCUUGGCUGAAUCGCCACUCAUAUCCGCGCUGCAUCUUGUCAAGAGGAGGGUUGUUUUGUUUGUUUUGUUUGUUUUGUUUGUUCUGUUCUGUUUGGAUGCUGUUUGGAUCUCUCUGAGCGCGGGCUUUGAAUCUGCUAGCCAGCCAUGCCCCCGUUUAUGCUCGCAAUACCCCGAUAUCAUGCCAUGCACUAAAGUCCUGUGCAAUAGAUUCCCAUUUUUUGAUAGCUGGCUAUGAAGAGGUGCGACGUCUGCCAUGUACGUGUUUUGAACUAUGAGUAUGAUAUUAUGUCUUAUUUGGCUUCG